AAGACUAACCAUGAUUAACUGCUAAACUUGUAGUUAAUUAUUAAAUAAACACAACACUAAUAGCAAUCAUUUUUUCCACUCAUCAGAGUUGAGCAAUAACCUCCAAAAGAAAAGAAAAAGAGGAAGAAAAGAAAAGAGGAGCACAGAACAAAACAAACACAAACUCACACGCACAAACAUCAGAUGUUUAUGUACUUUCUUGGAAAAAUCCAUAAAACAAAUUGAAUCCCUUUGUUGAGUUGCUAGAAGGAGAAUAUUGAUUACAUUUCAUCAUUGUCUGGAUUCAUUUCAAGAAAAUCCAUUGCCCAUUUUUUGUUGACCUGUUUUGACCUUUUUUCUGAAGUUUAUGUUAAUCUGUGGCUUAUUCAAGAUUGAUCCGCGAAUGGCGGUGGAGGAGGAGGAGAAAAUCCGAGGAUUAGGUAUAUAGUGAGAUUUUCUAGGGAUUGUAGUUACAGGGUUUGCAUUUGUCAAAGGUGUCAGCAUUGUUGAUCGAGAGUUUAGAUACAGUUAUAAGAGGCGUCAAAAUUGGUUAGUGAUGGAAUCAAGAAUGGAUCAGUAUGAGAUCAUGGAGCAGAUUGGCCGUGGAGCUUUUGGGGCCGCCAUUUUGGUUAAUCACAAGCUGGAAAGGAAAAAGUAUGUGCUGAAGAAGAUUCGAUUAGCUCGCCAAACAGAACGUUGCCGGAGAUCGGCUCAUCAAGAGAUGGCAUUAAUUUCACGUAUACAGCAUCUUUACAUUGUAGAGUUCAAGGAAGCUUGGGUAGAGAAGGGAUGCUAUGUUUGCAUAGUUACUGGCUACUGUGAGGGUGGUGACAUGGCUGAGCUAAUGAAAAAGGCGAACGGCCAGUAUUUUCCUGAGGAGAAAUUGUUGAAAUGGUUUUCUCAACUACUAUUGGCUGUUGAGUAUCUGCAUUCUAAUUUCGUUCUUCACCGGGAUCUCAAAUGUUCGAAUAUCUUUCUUACCAAAGAUGAAGAUGUUCGCCUUGGUGAUUUUGGACUUGCUAAAACUUUGAAGGCAGAUGAUUUGGCUUCUUCGGUAGUUGGAACUCCUAAUUACAUGUGUCCCGAACUUCUUGCUGAUAUUCCUUAUGGAUUUAAGUCUGAUAUAUGGUCUCUAGGAUGCUGUAUGUACGAAAUGGCUGCUCACCGACCUGCAUUCAAGGCUUUUGACAUGGCGGGGUUAAUUAGCAAGAUUAAUCGGUCAUCUAUGGGACCUUUGCCCCCUUGUUACUCCCCAUCCUUGAAAUCUCUAAUCAAGAGCAUGCUCAGGAAAAACCCCGAACACCGGCUAAGUGCAUCCGAGCUUCUCAAGAACCCAUAUCUGCAGCCAUACAUCUACCAAUACCGUCCAAUUUCCAUUUCGCCCCAAAAACCUCUUUCCGGAUCUCGCGAGAGCAGAAGGAGCAUGGCCGAGAGCCAGAGCAGCAACAGUUCUUGCAGCGAUAGGGACAGCUUGGUAAUUAUGCCGAACGAGACCAACAACAUUUCAAACCGCAAUCAUCAUAACAAAACCGUCGAUACAGACUCAGCUUCCAUUAAUGGUGAUGAUGAUGAUGAUGACCAUGAUCAUAAGGACUUGGGUUGUAACGGAACAAAGCAGCAUCCCAAGACAAUAAAGAACAUCAUGAUUGCUUUGAAAGAAGGGAGGAAUAGAGAGAAUAGUUCUCCCAUGAGAACCCACCAUGUUAAAACCGGCAUCAACAAUCAGAGAAUAAUUGUGGAAGCAUCUCCUAGGGUUGCGAAACCGGGCCCCAUUAAUUACGGUCAUCAUAAGGUUAGUGCUGAGGCCCCAUAUUCCAAGGCGAACUCGGAAUCUUCUAAGCGAAUGCAGGGAUCUCCUUCUCUGAAGCACCAGAUGUAUUCGUUUCUGUUUUCCAACUUGUACACUUCUCCAGGGCAAUUUUUACCCAUGAUGGAAACCCCACCAAAGACCAAAGCUAGACAUGAAGGGAUCCCCCCAACGGGCCCAACAAAGCCCGUCACUGAAGAAGGAUUGCCAAUCAGUACAAAGCAGAAAACUCCACUAACCCUGUCUAGACGACCCUCGUUAUCGACCCGAAUACAUCAACCAAACGAAGCCAAUGACCCAAACGAGGCUACGAAAUCUGAGCCUCAUUCAUCAUCAUACGGUUCACAGAUAACAAGGGAAGUCAUGCAGCAUUCGAAAAGGUCAGUAGGGCCCCACCCAAAGAGGAUCCAAACGGACAGCACCAAUUCGGCAUCUUCCUCUGUAUGUGAUGAUACAUUCCAAAAUGAUGGUCACGAGCAAGCCAAGAAAGUAGAGGCCAUUGAGGUCCUCCGCUCGUCAUUUCCAGAAAAGAUGGAAAAUUGCUUCAAGGAGAAAAAAUGGGAAAUUAAACAGCGAGAAGCCGAAGUCGAAAUUAACGACUCCAGGUCAGACAUCUCCACCACUUCUUCGUCUCACUCUGAAAGACCGAAAAAUGAAAGGCUCGGAAACAAAAAAAAUGAAUCAACCAUGUGUUCGGCCGAUACAUUGUUAAUUCAACAACACGUGGAUCACAAAGAUGAUAUGGACAUGAAGAAUGCGCACGAUGAGAACGUGAAUUCUUCCUCUAUUGAUAACGCGGAUGACAAAGAUAUGGUCGUGAAGAAUGUGGCUGACGAGAAUGCUGGUUUUGUUAUUGAUAAGGGCAUCGGCCAGUUUUGUGAUGAUUUACCUACCAAUAAUCUCGUGAGAAAUUCGAGCAUUAUUUCUUUAGCAUCCAGUGGUGACGAUAAUGAUAAGUUCAUUGUGAAGAACUUUUCUACAGACAUAUGUCCCAGAGUGCAAAAUGAAAAUAACGAGAAGACAACAAUCGAGCCCACUCACCCAGUGCUUGAUGGAACUGAUGUGAUACAUCCUGAAAAUUCCCUUUCCGAGUUGGAUGUCUCCAAAAACCCUAUCACAAAGGAAAUAGACAUGAAGACUCCAAACCCAAAUCCAUCUUCACUUACAGUUGCAAAGUCGGAUUCGUUCGAAACAGUAAAAGCAAGCCCGUCAUCGGCCCAGGAAGAAGGCCCGCCGCCGGUGAAAGAGACUUUGGACGUGAAUUCGUUCAGACAGAGGGCAGAUGCACUCGAGGGGUUGCUGGAACUGUCAGCUGACUUGCUGCAGCAAAAUAGGCUGGAGGAGCUCACAGUUGUCUUGAAGCCUUUCGGGAGGGAAAAGGUUUCUCCUAGGGAUACCGCCAUCUGGCUUGCCAAAAGUCUCAAAGGGAUGAUGCUUGAAGAAGGCAGUCGGAAUUCAUGAGGUACCUGGUAUUUUUUUUUUAUUUUCCUUGCUCAUUUUAGUUGAGGUUGGUGAUAUAUGUCGAGAUGACUUUUCUUUUGGUUUCGGACGUGAAACUCUUCCGUUUUCUUUCUUUUUCCCCCUCUUUUGUGUUUUCGGAUAUUCGUUCUUUUGUUUUUUUCCAGUAAUGCACUUGCGUGAUGUACAUAACGAUACAGUUCGAUAUCGUUUUUCGCCUAAUCUGGCUAAAUUUAUGAACAACUUGGUGGUUGAAUGUUGAGAAAGAACUUGUGCUUCAUUAUGGUUUUGUUGUCUCAUUCUAAGUUUUUUUGUGGCUGUUGAUGUAAGAAAUUUCUCCAAUCUUAGGUUUUAUCAGAUUUGUU